UUCAGCGGACCACAGAGGCUUCACAUUCCAAUGUAGGCGCGGUGGACUUUCUACGAGCUGCAGGUUGUUUCGUGUGCGCAGAAAAACUAAGUGCUUUAACUCCGCGUCUGCGGACUAAUGACGCUGAUUGUGCGCUCCAGCGACAGUUACUGCUAGCUGCUAGCCGCAGGUGGAGUGUACCGGGGGGACACGGUGGGAAAUGGACUACGAACAGCAAUCAGGAUCUGAACCUACGCGUUUUCAAAGAGUCUGACGGACUGUGUGAGUUUGAUUUCAGUGUUUUGUGGCCAUGGCGGGCUGCUGGCAGUGGUGCCGCCGCACCUGCCUGUGCUGCCUGUCCGAGGAGGAGAAGAGGACCAUCGCUGUGGACAAAGAGAUCAAGAGGAUCCUCAAGCAGCAGAAGAAGAAGGAGAGAAGGGAGAUUAAAAUCCUCCUGCUGGGUACCGGGGAGAGCGGGAAAACCACCUUCAUCCGACAGAUGAGGAUCAUCCACGGACGAGGCUUCUCCGAGGACGAGAGGAGGGCCUUCUCCAAAUGCAUCUUCCAGAACAUCUUCACAGCCAUGAAGGCCAUGACGGGAGCCAUGACGACACUGAAAAUCCCCUACUCCAACCCAGAGAACGAGGUAGACCCGCCCAUCUACGCCAAGUGGCUGCAGGACGUAAACACAGUGCAGAUCACCCAGCUGGAGCGCGGCUACGUGGACGCAAUCCGCCGCCUCUGGGCAGACUUCGGGAUCCGCGUGUGUUACAGCCGUCGCUGCGAGUAUCAGCUCCUGGACUCCACAGAGUACUACAUGAGCAACCUGGACCGCAUCUCCGCCCCAGACUACAUCCCUACAGAACAGGACGUGCUGCGGGUUCGCUUCCCGACCACGGGCAUCCACGACUACUCCUUCACCAUCAAGACCAUCACACUGAGGAUUGUGGACGUGGGCGGUCAGAAGUCGGAGCGUCGGAAGUGGAUCCACUGCUUCGAAAACGUCACCUCCCUCAUCUUCCUGGCCUCCCUCAGCGAGUACGAUCAGGUCCUGGAGGAGAGAGAAACCAUUAACCGGAUGCAUGAGAGUCUGGCUCUUUUCUAUACCACCAUCCAUUCUCCAUGGUUCCUCAACACCUCCAUCAUCCUCUUCCUCAACAAGACUGACAUCCUGGCUGACAAAAUCCAGACCUCUGACCUGCAGAAAUACUUCCCCAGCUUCACAGGGAAGAAACGAGACCCCGAGGACGCCAAAAACUACAUCUGCAAGUUGUACGAGCAGCAGGCCAUCAACCACGACAAGAGGGAGGAGCGAAAGACUCUCUACCCACACUUCACCUGCGCCACAGACACCAACAACAUCCGCAGGGUCUUCAGCGAUGUCAAGGACACGGUGCUGCUCAAGUCUCUCAGGGACUAUGGAGUCAUCUGAACUUUCACUCAGUGGUGGAAACCGCUGGUUCUUGUCUCUGGACUGUUUAUGUGUACGAGUGAAGAACCUGAAGAAGGCCAAAAUGUCGUCUCUUUUUUUCCACUUAAAAAAAAAUGCUGGCUUCUUUCUAAAACCAAGUCCGUGCUCUUCUCUCAACUUCCCCACCAUCUCUAGCCCACUCACUCCUCCUCUUCCUCUCAAGGCUGAAAACCUGAAGACCUUCAGGGGUGUUGGGGAUCAUCUGACUUCUGAUCACGGAGUGAUCGUCCUCAUUUCUCUCAGCUAGCAGCUUUUUCCCUAUUUUGAUUUUUUUUUUCUUUUUAUAAGAUGAAGUGUUUGGCUCAUGCAGUGACUGAAUUGAUCCAUAAUUGAAGAAGAAGCAGAGAUGCUAUGAAGUGCUGCGCUGCCAUUAACGGAGUAAUGACUUUUACAAGUGGAGACGGGGUCAUGCUAGCGUACACCGCCCUGUCACACACAUUUUAAGUGCUUUAUUUGAUUCCACCAGGUACGUUCAGGUGUACUAGAUGCACACACUGUCAACACACAAACAUUUUCCAUCAUGCACCGUGACUGGAAAUACACAGAUCACAAUCUGCUGCACCUUUUAUUAUUAGACAUCUUGUAUCAGGGGAUUUUCUCUGUGAUUAAUGUCACCACAGAGUCUUUGAUUGUUUCACAAACAGGGUGCCAAAAUCCCUAUUGAUUACCGUUAUCUCACACUGGCAAUAUUUCUUACAUACUAUCUUAUUCAACACAUCUGCUCAGCACUGUCUCUAUCAAUUAUCAAGUGCAGGACGACUGUGUAAACUGUCUCCUAUUUAGUCCUUCUCAUGAUGCCUUAACAGCAACAUGUGAUGAGACCCUUCCAUUACCCUCAAGUGUGCUUUUCACUGUGCUCUACAGCCGGUACAAGCAUCACAAACAACAAAGACAGAAUCACAACGGAUGUGAUGUGGAUGAAAAGAAAAGUGCGAAUAUAGAAUCAAAUGCUUCAGCAAAUGGAUAUUUAUAGCUUCUUUUCAAGAAGCACAAUUUGUUCCAUUUUUAAAAUGUAUUUUCAUCUAAUGAAAAAAUAAUGAAUUUUACAUUUCUUUGCCAAACAUCAAUUAAAGGGUGCUGUAAAGCAGCUGAGCACUGGGGAAGGAGGCGGGCAUGAUGGGUAGUUUUUCUUUUUUUUUUUUGGCUGCUGAUUAGGGGAUCCACCUGUUGUUGGUACGCAUCAGUUUUAUUGAAGUGUGCUUAUGCACGACACCAAAUCCUGACUUGCUCCACUGCUGCUUUUAUGUUUUAACACAAGUUUUAAGAGAAACUUUGAUUGAUUGCACAGUAUAGGGCAAAACCCAUCAGAUCAUUUAAGAGUAUCCAAGGUGCUCACCACUGAUGCCUUAUUGGUAGGGAAAGAUAAGCACACAAAGAAGGAGAUAUGGAUGGUUUACAUAAAAAAAACUCAUAAAGUUCUUUAAAGUGGCUAUAAUCAAUAUUGUUAGAUUAACAAUGGGUCAUAUGACUACUUGUGUGUGACAGAAGGGACAGCUCACUGUUCAUUUCCGUCCCACAGCUUUGUUUCCGUUGCCUCUCACCGCUCUCAUAGUGUUAAUUCCAGGCACAACAGGAAGCUGCUUUGAACAAAAUCAGUUCUAAUAAAACCACUUUAAGCUCCCCGCACAGCAUAAAACAGCAGACCGAUAAAGUUUGUGAAAAGCUGGUGAACACAGCGAAACGUUUAUUAGCUAAAAAGCCAGAUAUUUCCCUCAGGAGCUGGUGGAGACCAAAAACAGAGCUAAAAGAGGAUUGGACAUUGGACUUACAUUAAUCAGCUCGCCAGAAUCAAAACUAAAUGAAUGCUAAUAUAUUCUAAAAACUGUUUACAUUUCACCAUAUCAAAUUAAAAGGACAAUGUUGCGUAUAGUGCUUGUUUCUGCUGCCCCCAAGUGCCUAAAAAAAUCAGUUAAAGCUGGUCCAGGUGCUUAAAUGUUUAUUUUUCAGUGUUGUCUGUGAAAUGUGCCUGUUGUGUCUUUGUCAAUGUCAAGUUUCCAUAUGGCAGUAAAGCCAACAGCAGCUUUCUAGCAGCGUGACGUUAAGUGUUCAGAUGGCCAAGUCUCCACUGAACCUCUGAACAUGCGGUUUAGAUGAUUCUGCACCGCUAUUUUCAGCCAUCUCCAUUCAAUUUUCCCGUCAGCUCAAUGCAAUCAAUGGGCUUCAUUAAAAUCGCUGACGAGUUGAAAUCAACCACGGUGAAAAGAAUCCAACAGGCGAUCUGCUGGACAAAGGGUAAAGAAUAUUAAUCUGAGGUGGCAGUGUGAAGUCUCUGUGCAUCCUAUUUAUAUCAGUGUGUGGAGAGGGGAAUUUUAUAAUAUUGAUUAGAAGCGUGAGUUCUACCCCCAUGUGCGUCAUUGAGUGUCGAGUGUGUGUUGAGUGGAAAAUGACAUUGAAAUUCAUUAAAUUAACUGACCUUGAUGGGAUGCUAACAUUAGCUCGCAGUAUGUCUGUUAUGUGGUUUUCGGCUGCUGUUUUGUUAAUUGUACAUGAAGUGUUUUGAUCUCUACACACUGCUACACUUUGCAUUCAGAUGUGGUAGCCACAUUGUUGAAUCUUAUUGAUGCCUUCAAACACAAAUGUAUAGUUUUACUCUAUGUUUAUUGAUGACUACUAUACCUUUGAUUAAUUUUUAACUGCUGUGUUUUUUUUUAAAUUUUGUUUACCAACAGCACAUAAACUGUGACCAGACAACUACUUUUCGUGCAUUGGGAGACAGAAAAGUAGUUCACAUGUUGUGUAGACUCGGGUGGAGGAAGUGGGCAAAUAUUUUUUUUCUAGUCAAUAUUAAAAACAAACUUU